AUGGCCUCAGCGCUCGACCACAAGAAGCCCGAGCGACUCCGCGAAGUCCUCCUACGUCGACCGAAGCCGGCGUGGCCAUAUCCGACGUCGGAGGAGGCCCUCGCCCUUGUCGACUACUUGGUUCGUUUCAACCGCAACAAGAAGAGCAAAGACCUCGAGGGGCGGCUCGAAGUCCUGCAAGAUCGCGCGGGACUGUUGUGGUCGGUAGUCGCGCCUCGCCAGUGGGAGCACUUCCGGUCGGCAUGCCAAGAGAUGUUGCGCCGUCUUUUCGAAGGAGCGGGCAUCCGGGAUAACAUGAAGCAUCUCGGCCUCGUCAAUGUGUUCGCGGUGGGUGGUUACACGGAGCAUCCGACCCGCUUCAGCAUGGGCGGCACAGUCGAGGCGGACGAGAAGAGCUUUCUCUGCUUCAAAACGCUUACACAGCGGGCGAGGGAUUUGCAGCGUCGGUAUGCAGAUGCUGGUCGCCUCAGCGGAACACAUUCCGGGGCGUGCUUCUGGUUCCUGCAAACACCGAGCCAUUCCGAAGGUGCUCUCUCGGCAGAACGCCUUCGUCUGCUGUCGGAGGGCGCGCAGAAUGCCCUCCUUGAGCACGUCGAGUACAUCGCCAACCUUAACCCCAUGCCGGCCAUAAAUGAGCUGCCCAGCCCCGACCAGCUCCUCGUCAAUGCGGAGCUCGCCGCCUCUUACAUCAAGAUCAAGAAGGCCGUCUCCGCUUGUCGUCUUCCUCCUGCGGUCAACACGCAGUACGAGAUGGUCCUCGACUUCCCCUACAUCACGACUCUGCCCCUUGAGCUCCUCGUCGAGAUCACAAACGCUCUCGAGAUCGCUGCCGAAGAAGGACGUCAGCCCACCCUGGCGCACUUGUCCGGCACCGCCGCCGUCAAGAUCUACACCAAGCGAGUUGACGCAGUCGUUCGUCGCCUGCGCACAACGUUUAUUAGGCCGCAAUCCACGGACAAGUGGCAGGAGGAGUAUCUGAAGCCGCUCAAGGGAGGAACGGAGCAGCCGAAGCACGCGCUCGCUUUCCGUCACCGAGAGGAUCCUUUAUCGCUCUCCCACCCGUACUCUCGCAUCUCGCACCGCAUGGCGCGCCGCAUCGGCACGUCGAAGGAGGCUUGGGAGGCGGAGAGGGCGUCGAGGGCCUUCUAG